CUAAUUGUGGAUAUAGAAGAAAAUGUGACCUAUUUGCAAUCAACAAAACUGAUUUAUUUCUGGCGAGACAGAAAUAAAUGUAGAUUGCAAAUGUAGAUUAACUGGGGAAUUUACGACCAUUAAGGCAUGGCUGAAGGAGGAAACCAGUUUUCUAUCCAGGAUGGUUCCGAUGCCGAUAUCGCCUUUUCAUGUACGCCGUGUAGUGAGGAGGGAACCAGAGAAGAGGCUAUCAAAUAUUGUCUGGAAUGUGACGAGUACCUCUGUACAACAUGUACCAAGUACCAUCUUAAAAUGAAAAUAUCGCGUGACCACAAACUGGUAGAAAAAGAAAAAGGAAAGCACGAGCAAAAGAUAGCCAAGACAACCGCAAAAAUAAAAUGUCGACAGCAUCCAGAUAGGGAUAUUGAAAUGUAUUGUGGGACACACGAUAUGGUCUACUGUCUGAUGUGUAUUGCCACAGAACACAGGUCCUGUGGUGAUGUGACCAGCCUAACAGAUGCAGCAGGUUCGGACUUUCAACAAAUAGAAGCAGACCGUCUACAAGAGGAAUAUGAGUCUCUCAAAGAGGUUCUUAGAAUCUCAGAGAAGAAGAAAAAAGAAAAUCUCGUUUCAGUAGAAGAAACGAGGAAGACAAUCGAAAAAAGGCUGCAAGAAAUUGAAGAAGCUUUGGUAGAACAUAUCAAAAUGAUUUCACAACAAGAUAAAACGAGCCUCAACGAAACAUAUUGUAAGGUGAAAGAUGAGCUUGAAUCAGAUAUCACAAAACUGAACAGAAGAUUAUCAGAAAUGGAGAGAGUAAGGGGCCAGUUCCAGGCAACGACUGAAGUGAAUAAGGAAAACCGCUUCGUUCAAUUGAAGCUUUGCCAGCAAAUUAUGAAAGAUGCCAAAACAUUACAUGCAAAAUUUGAAUCGAAUGGUAAAGUAUCGAUUGAUUUUGAGGAAAAUACAAGUGUAACAGGACAGUUAAUAGAAGUCAAAAGUUUGGGAAAACUAAAUGAAGCUCGGAUAAAUAAGAAGAGAAAUAAAACGCCAAAAAGAGAUUAAUGUUAGAAUGCAGAAUGACAAAAAGACCUGUCGCAUAAUUGAUGUGUGCCAACUUGAUAGCGGAUCUUGUAUGUUAGCUGACCGGGGAAAUUCAAAUAUGAAAUUAAUAGACACCAAUCACAAUGUAAAGUCUCACUUUGAUCUUAGAAUUUAUCAAACUGGAAUUUGUAAAACAGGACACAACGAAAUAGCAGUGAAGCUGGAUAAUAACAAAAUAGACGUGUUAUCAGUAGGUACCUGUAUUACUAAAGUAAGAAGUUUUUCUGUUAAAAGUGGAGGUGGAUGUUGGGGUAUUGCUUACACAGAUGGAAAGUUUUGGACAUCGUCUGGAACCACAGUUGACUUGUAUGACACAAAUGGGACUUUUGAAAAAUUUAUUGCCGUAGCAAAAGCAACAAUACGACAAAUGACCGUUUAUCAAAACUCGGUUUACAUGGCUGAUCGCAAUGGUGGUAUCGUCCUGUUAAGGAGAGAUGGUACGAUAAAAAAUAGAUUUCAAGAUAAGAGACUGACCAGAGCAGUUGGUGUAUGUAUAUCGAUUGAUGGUACAGUGUAUGCUCUAGACGAACAAUCCAAAACUAUCGUAAUGUUCAGUCAGGAUGGGAAAUGCCUAGGACAGCUUGUCCCGGAAAUACCCAGUGAGAAAUGUCCAGAAUCGCUUUGCUACGAUAGUAAAAACGAUUGUAUAUUGAUUGGCUAUUUGUCAUCUGAUACAAUAACUGUGCUUCAUCUUAGUGACUGAGGACUUCUGUUCAGAAUUUGUCCUACAUAUGAAGAGAGUAAAUAGAGUGAAAAUAUAUACAUAUACAGUAAGAAACACACAGUUAGCUUGUGAAGAAAACCAUUCUAGAAUUGCAAUUUAGUAAUGAUGCCAGACUUACAUGACAUCACUAAUUACUUACAUUCUUGUUCAAAUUGUAUGAUUGUUUCGUGUAAUACAAUGUAACUUAUUUUCCUCCAAUGUAGGAAUGAUAUCUUAAACUGAAUAUAACGCCGCUUGAUUCUGAUAGUGUUAAGUGGUGAUAGUAUAGAAAAAGCCGUAUCUAAAAUUUAGAGAAAUGCAUCUUUAGACCAGAGCGUAAGAUCUAAAAAGUAUUGUUUGUUUAUGGUAACGCUAACGUAGGUACCCUUUCUAUUUAUUUAUUUAUUUUGAUAUAACAUUAGAAAUGCCA